AUAUAGAGCAGCCGAAUGAGCUAGCGAUCCAACGAUCCAACGAACCAAACCGAAUAGAAAAAAAACGAAAGCCCCAAGAAACCGUCGCGAUAAGGAGAAACAUUCAGCGGGUUCCGCCGUUGAGCACGAGCCAAUGCCAGUUAUCGAGCAGACAGCGAUCCCGACUAGCGUCUCCGGCUCGUUUAACGGCUAACGGGACGCGAGUGCGGAAAACUAACCAAGAAACACGGUUUCUGCUCUCUUUUAGGGCUAAUAUAAAAGGCUAAAACAAAUAUAACUCAUACGCCGCGUGUACAAACCAACGGCCCCUUAGCAAUGAUGCAAACCCUGAAACCACCGCCGCCACUACAUCAUCACCACCAACUACAGCACCAGCACCAGCAUCCGCAGCAGCCACAUCAACAUCAGCAGCAUCCGCAGGUGCAACAUCCGCAGCAGCAACAGCACCUGACAGUCAUGGAUAAUCAUCAGCCACAUCCGCCGCAUAUCCAUCAGCAGCAGCAGCAGCAGCAGCAACAAUUGCCGCCCACGCCGCAGGCAUCGCACCUGGUCGGUGGUGGGCAGCUUCCGCACCACAAUCACCUGGCUGUCGACCAGGAUGACCCAAAUCCCGAACUGGUGCUCGCCUUAAUUUCCAGGAACCGGGCGCUCGAGGCUACGAUCCCUAAGUGCGGCGGCUGCCACGAGCUUAUCCUGGACCGCUUCAUCCUCAAAGUGCUAGAGAGGACGUGGCACGCCAAGUGCCUGCAGUGCAGCGAGUGCCAUGGCCAGCUGAACGACAAGUGCUUUGCGCGGAACGGCCAACUCUUUUGCAAGGAAGACUUCUUCAAGUCGAACAGACGUUACGGUACAAAGUGUUCCGCUUGUGAUAUGGGCAUCCCGCCCACGCAGGUGGUGCGGCGGGCCCAGGACAAUGUCUAUCAUCUGCAGUGCUUCCUGUGCGCCAUGUGCUCCCGCACCCUGAACACCGGCGACGAGUUCUACCUGAUGGAGGACCGCAAGCUCAUAUGCAAGCGCGACUACGAGGAGGCCAAGGCGAAGGGUCUCUAUUUGGACGGCUCCUUGGACGGCGAUCAGCCGAACAAGCGACCCCGCACCACGAUCACCGCCAAGCAGCUGGAGACCCUGAAGACCGCCUACAACAACAGCCCCAAGCCCGCCCGCCAUGUACGUGAGCAACUCUCGCAGGACACUGGCCUGGACAUGCGUGUGGUGCAGGUCUGGUUCCAGAACAGGCGGGCCAAGGAGAAACGACUGAAAAAGGAUGCUGGCCGCACGCGUUGGAGCCAGUACUUCCGCUCGAUGAAGGGCAACUGCUCGCCGCGCACCGACAAAUUCCUGGACAAGGAUGAGCUGAAGGUGGACUACGACAGUUUCAGUCAUCAUGAUCUAAGCAACGACAGCUACAGUACCGUCAAUUUGGGUCUCGAUGAAGGCGCCUCGCCACACAGCAUUCGCGGUUCCUACAUGCACGGCAGCUCCAGUCCAUCGCAGUUUCCGCCGAGCAGUCGCUCGCCUCCGCCAGUUGGCCAGGGUCACACGUUCGGCUCCUAUCCGGACAACAUUGUGUACACCAAUAUAGAUCAUGCUGUGGCCUCCAAUCUGCAUGCCAGCAAGACGCACCAUCGCCUGCAUAGUAGCAACAAUGUCUCGGAUCUGAGCAAUGACUCCAGUCCCGAUCAGGGCUAUCCUGAUUUUCCGCCCAGCCCCGAUUCCUGGCUUGGCGAUUCCGGCAGCACUAACAAUACCAGCGCCAACAACAACAACAGCACUAAUAAUGCGAACAACAACAGCAGCAACAACAACAGCAGCAGUGGGGGCGGCGGUGGGGGAAGUGGCAGUGUGAGCCUUAGUGCCGCUGCACCCAAUGCUUCAGCGGCAGGUGUACAUUACUGAUACUCAAAUCUGCUUUUGCGUUACUUCGAGAUGCAAUCGCGUAGCCUGCUGCUUGCCGCAACUGCUGCACAGCAGCAUCAGCAUCAAUCGUCGCCAUCUUGAAAGCUUGCGGCAGCUAUAGCAAAGCUUACACACUUUGAGACAUGUGGCAAUGCUGCACACAAACACACACACACACACAACAAACACCCCCUAUCGUUUAGGAAAUAAGCGUUUUUUGUUUAUUUUUAGUGAGAAGAAAUCCCCAAAAAACACAAUUUGCUCAAAAUCCUUGAUUUUUACUUCGGUAGCUUGAGAUAUAUACACCCGACACGGCUUGAAUGUUACUAUCCUUGAACGAUAUAAACAUCACUAUCAUUUACAUUUGUAUCCCCUAUACUUUAAUGUAAAUAUUGUAUAUUUGUGUAUAGUGAAUGGAAACUAAAACUGAAUUUUAAAUUAAUUUAAGUCUGUAUAGCGUAAAACAAAUGCGGGGUAAACGAGAGCACAACAUUGGUUAAGCCCUUGCCCAAAAACAAAAAACCAAAAAACAAAAAAAUAACAAAAAAACAAACCAGUUAUUUAUUGCUUUAUAUAGGAAUACAACCAAAUUGCAUAGGAGAAAUAUCAAUUACGAAAACGUGAUGUCGUAUUUAUAUCUAACAAAAAACCAAAAAAUAUUUCAACCAAAUAGAAAUGUCAGUAAUGAAGCAACUACGUAAAAUGAUAAAACGAAAUGCGAUGAAAUAAAUUACUAUUUGACACAUAAGAAUAAAAGAAAACAACAAAUUGUUAA